CCUGUCUCCAACAACACGACAAGCCAAACAUUCAAGAUGGUCGACAAAAUUGUCCCAAACGACUCCAGGGUCCAAUACAAGACCGCAAAUCUCAACGGUCACACGUACAAUUACAUUCUCUCUGAGCCAAAAGGCACCAAGCCCCUCAACACCAUAUUCCUCAUCCAUGGCUUCCCGGACAUGUCAUUCGGAUGGCGCUAUCAAAUUCCACACCUCACGUCUCUUGGUCUUCGUGUCGUAGUUCCGGACAUGAUCGGCUACGGCGAUACCGACGCACCAGAAGACCCCAAAGAAUACACCUGCAAAAAGACAUGCGACGACCUCGCCGCACUCGCUUCGCACAUCGGCGUUUCGAGCAUUAUUCUGGGCGGUCACGAUUGGGGAGGAGCAGUAGUUUACCGGAUGGCGAUGUACUAUCCUAAAUUAUUGAGUGCGGUUUUCAGUGUUUGUACACCGUUCAUGCCGCCACAGAAGAAGUUCAUGCAUAUGAGCGAGAUGCCGAAUUUCAAGUAUCAGAUCCAGCUUCGGGGCCCAGGGGUCGUGAAGAAGAUUGUGGGUGAGGAGAAGAUUAGGCAGUUUUUGGCGGGUAUUUAUGGUGCUCGUUCAAAAGAUGGGAAGCCGACUUUUACUGUUGAGGUUGGGUGUCUUUUUGAUCGUCUGGACGGUGUAGGGUCGAGUCCGUUGGUGAGUGAUGAGGAGCUUGAUUUUUAUGUUUCGAAAUUCAAGAGGAAUGGAAUGAGGGGGCCGACCAAUUGGUAUAGGACGGGAGAGUUGAAUUAUGAGGAUGAGAAGGAGAUAGCGUUGAGUGGGAAGGAAAUCAAGUUCCAGAUGCCGUUCUUGUUCAUUUCGGCCACGAAUGACGUUGCGCUGCCCCCAAGUUUGAGUCGAGAAAUGGAAAGAUCAUUCAGAAGUCUGACGAAGGGUCAGGUUGAAGCUACGCAUUGGGCCUUGUGGGAGAAGCCGGAGGAGAUCAACCAAUAUCUCGAGGAGUUCUUGGUGGGUCAGAUUGGAGCAAGGAGAGCGAGUUUGUGAGUAGUAUUCUCAGACAUGUAGGAGUAAUUCUUUACUAUGAGCCCAGAUAACUCGGA